AUGUCUCCGGAUAGUUCUCCUCAGUUUGUGUCGAUAUCGCUGUCACGCUCGACCUCUGGCGCCGAGGUUAACGAUUACAGAGAGACAUGUGAAGAGGCGCCUGAACAAGAAGAGGUGGUGGCCGAAGAUGAGACGUCAACUUAUCCAAAUGUCCAGAUAGAUGUGUCCCAGCCCCCUUCUCACAGAGUGACGCUUUCUAUCGACUCUACUCACUCUCGUGCUUCCACUGAAAUUCAAACACUUCAUUUCGAUUCUCAUUCUCCCCCCCCUUCUUCUGACCGGUCACCACCUUAUUCCGCUGCGUCUGCGCAGUCGCUGCCUGUAUCGGUGCUGGAGCGAGGCGGUGUACUUUCGACAUCCACCUCAUCAUCGUCGGUUUCCACACCCGGUACCCCUGUUGCAUCAUACUCGUUGCCUAACACUCAGCCUCCCCAUCUUGCACUGCCCCAGACAUCAAAUGGCCAUAGACAGACUCGCUCCCCCGGACCUAGCGUAUUGGAAAAGAUCAUGAGCAAGACAAGGCCGUCAUUUUUGCCUCCAAAAAGCCGCCAGGAAGACAAGAAGCAUAUGUCAGAUUGGCAGUCUAUGAUGAAGCAAAGUCGCGCCGCAGCUGAAAAGCGUAGAAAGGCCCUUGAAGAACGUCGGAAUGUUCGCGAUAGGAAGAUAGAUGAAUCUAUACAUCUAUGGGAAAAAGAUAUCAUACCAGAUUGGCGAGUUGUCAACAAAAAUCCUGCUCUUCGAAGGAUGUGGUGGCGAGGUAUACCUUCAAAACUGCGCGCGUCCAUGUGGGAACACGCCGUUGGCAACCCCCUGGCAUUAAGUAAAGACAACUACCGUGUAUGCCUAUCGCGCUCUAAAAGGGCUCUCACCAGUGGGACUUUUCCUCAAGCGACCCUCGAGCUCAUAGAAAAAGAUAUUUCUACUACGCUUCCCGCGCUUCAUAUUUUCCAUCAUGAAAAGGGCCCCAUGUAUACCGAUUUGAAGGACAUGCUUUUUGCCUGGGUUGUCUCGCGAACAGAUGAAGGAUUGGGAUAUACCCUAGGUGCGGCGAGAAUUGCUGCGAUGCUUUUGAUCAACGUACCUCUCCCGCAGGCCUUCGUGGUCAUGCGUAAUCUAUUAGAGCGUCAUUGUAUGCGAAGCUUUUUCGGGGGAGACGGCGCUAGAGAAGAUAUCGAGGCCUAUUAUAGAAUAUUCGAUACCUUACUUGCGGAUGGAAUGCCGAAAAUUUACUUUAACUUUAAACAACAUCAAAUAUCCCCGGCAUCGUAUCUCCCCGACUGGCUCAUACCGCUGUUUCUCGACCACCUACCGUUCGAAUCUUGCGCUCGUGUAUGGGACGUAUUGAUUCUCGAGGGAGACUCUUUUCUCUACCGGGCCGCCUUGGGCAUUCUGGCUGUCCUUGAACCAAGGUUGUUCUUUCCUGAUAAAAAGGAGCUUUUGGAACUUCUAAAGGGAGAAAACAGAGCUGCGAUUGACGUAGCUACGCGGGAGGGUCAGAGACUUGAUGGAGGAAAGUAUGAAAUAUACGGGGUAAAUGAAGAAACCCUUUGGGACCGGAUUGACAGCAUGGAUGAUUGGUGGAAGGAGAGUACGUGGACUCGGCUGAUACAACGUGAACUACCAGAUUUGUGA